AUGGCUGCUGCUGCAGCAGUUGCAGCUAGUGGUGCAGCAGGUGUUGGUAAUUCAGCUCCAUCACCAGUUGCUGCAAUGCUUGGAAAUUUAAUUGGUUGUAAUGAAAAAGAUAUUGUGCAUGCUGUUCAAUCGUCGUCGACGUUAUCAUCGGCGUCGGCGUCGUCAUCAUCAUCAUCAUCAGCAGCAGCAGCAGCAUCAUUUUCGUAUGCCGGAGCAUCGUUAUUACCCAACUCAUCUAGACAUAAUAACUGUUCUGUUAGCAAUAAAUGUGACUCUGAUGCUACUACAGUUAUCAGCCGUUGCCCGCAGCAGCAGCAGCAGCAACAACAACAACAAAUUUCUACAGUUGAUGAGAAAAGUUCAAACGAUGAUCAUCAAAACGAACAUGGCGGUAGUGGUGGUGGUGGUGUAGGCGUUAGUAAUAAUAGUAAUAAUAAUAAUAAUAAUUCUAUGGAUCAAAAUAAUGUUCAAUCGAAUACUGUCAACACUUCUUCAUCGUCAUCAGAUCGUUGUAAGUGUACAAAUACCUUAUUGGAUAAUAAUCCACAUUCUCUUCAAGAUGCAAUUACCUCAGAUUCAAGCAAUUGGUCCAGUGUAAUAACAACAAUAGCGUCAGCUGCAAAAGCCGCAGCUGCAGCUGCCGUCGCGGCUACAGCUGCAGUAACUGGUGUCGCUAAUUUCUUCCGUCUAACAAAGUUGAAAAAUAAAGUUGAUCCUCAAUUACAAUCAGGAUCAUCAUUAUCAUCAUCAUCAUCCAGUGGGACGCCGGCAUCAUCAUCAUCAACCUCUAGCCCCUCACUUCGGUGUAUUGAUCAGUGUAGAAAUCUUCGGCUGAGUACUACUACAGAUCAAAUGUCUUCGUCUGUUAUUGUUCAUGAUGAUGAUGACGAUGAUGAGGAUGAGGAUGAGGAUGAUGAUGAGGAGGAGGAGGAGGAGGAAACUGAACUCAGUGGCUGUUUGUCAACUGAAGAAGCUGUAACAAUGACAAGUGCUGCAGCGGCUGCGGCAGCUACAGUCGCUGCUGAACAACACCAGUUGUUUGAAAAUAAUUUUCUAUCUGAGAUGAAUCGUCCAAUAGACCCUUUGACUGCAUCAAUCGCCAAUGCAUCUGUCUCCCCCGGUAUGCAAAACAUAUCUCAACCUUCUUCAGCUUUCGAAGUAUGCCAUUUUCCUGUUGUUUCAAUUGCAAACGUCUUCCCUAAACUAUCACAAGAUGUUACGUCAGAGAAUGCAAAAUUAAAUCCUGUCGGUGUACCGAAUACAGUGACCCUACUUUUAGGUCAGAGUACAACACCACAAACAUCAACCUAUGCUAUUCCUGCUUCAGUCGCUUCUCAUCCUAGUGUUCCAAUGCAAAUUCCUGUUUCUGUUGGAACGCAUUUAACGCCAACGGUUAGUUGUCCACCACAUCGUGGUGGUCCAGCUAAACUGGUUGUCUCUGUAGCCUAUCCAAAUCAAGCUGCUGCUGCUGCUGCCGCCAGUGUUAGGCCGACAACGUCAAAUCAGUAUAUUGCAUCGAAUCCUGUGAAUAACAGUAAUAAUACACAGACGCCGCAUCUGAUGCCUAAUAAUCAUCAAAUUCAAAUAGUACAUAAAUUUACAGACCCAAAACAAAUAACACGCAAAAAAUGA